AGUCUCAGUCUGGAUUCCCAAUCUGUCGCGACAGCGAACGCGCGUGCGGAUCAGAUCAGAUCAGUCCCGAAAGCUUAAGCCCAUUUUGACGCUAAUUUCUUCUGGCUUUUCAGCCGGCCAACUAAUCGUGCGCGAGUGUAAAACUCUUUUUGCCAGCAAAAAACAAAAUUGUCUCUGACAGUUGCAGAUCGUAACUCAUCCGAGGAGCCAUGACCAUCCAGUGCGUCCACCUGGUGGCCCUGUUGUUCCUGCUGAAGGGCGUGGCCAGCGUCUUCGAUCACACCCUCAAGAGGGACUUCCCGGGUCCUUACUGCGCCCUCCGCAACACCUGCUGCAAGGAAAGGCACGACGGCUGCUCGCUGCCCAUCUCCACCACUCUCUGUUACUGUGACGAGUUCUGCGACCGCGAUGACUCCAGCGACUGCUGCCCCGACUACCGCUCCUUCUGCAUCGGAGAGGCCGACCCCAUAGUGUCCUGCCUGCACCAGGGCGUCUACUUCUCCAAGUACAACAGCACGUGGGACAACUGCAACGAAUGCCGCUGCCUGGACGGCGGUCGGGUGCAGUGCGACACGGACCUCUGUCUCACCGACGACGAGAUCGUGCACAGCGUGAACUCCAUCCACCGCUUGGGUUGGUCGGCCCGCAAGUAUGACCAAUGGUGGGGCAGGAAGUACGCCGAGGGAUUGAGACUGCGACUGGGCACCAAGGAGCCCACGUACCGCGUGAAGGCGAUGUCCCGCUUGAGGAACCCCACCGACGGUCUGCCCAACUCCUUCAACGCACUGGACAGGUGGUCCAGCUUCAUCUCGGAGGUUCCUGAUCAGGGCUGGUGCGGCGCCUCCUGGGUGCUGUCCACCGCCUCGGUGGCCAGCGAUCGUUUCGCCAUCCAGAGCAAGGGCAAGGAGGCCGUCCAGCUGUCCGCCCAGAACAUCCUCUCCUGCACGCGUCGCCAGCAGGGCUGCGAGGGCGGUCACCUGGACGCCGCCUGGCGCUACCUGCACAAGAAGGGCGUGGUCGACGAGGCCUGCUAUCCGUACACCCAGCACCGGGACACCUGCAAGAUCCGGCACAACAGUCGCUCGCUGCGGGAGAACGGCUGCAGUCCGUCGGAGAACGUGGAAAGGGACGCCCUCUACACGGUGGGUCCCGCCUACAGUCUCAGUCGCGAGGAAGACAUCAUGGCGGAGAUCUACCACUCCGGACCCGUGCAGGCCACCAUGCGGGUGUACAGGGACUUCUUCACCUACUCGGGAGGCGUCUACCGAAAGACGGCGGCCAACCGAGGAGCCGAGACUGGUUUCCACUCGGUCAAGUUGGUUGGCUGGGGCGAGGAGCACGGCGGUGAUAAGUACUGGAUCGCAGCCAACUCUUGGGGACCUUGGUGGGGCGAGCGGGGCUACUUCCGCAUCCUGCGCGGCUCCAACGAGUGCGGCAUCGAGGAGUACGUGCUGGCCUCCUGGCCCUACGUCUACAACUACUACAAAGUGACGUCGGUCUAAAGGGGCGGCUCACACCGCUCACACCGCGAGCAAUCUCGAGCUAGGCAGAAACGAAAACAAAUUUAUCUCAUGCUUCAAAAUUUUCCAUUUGCUGCACGGCAUUCAAAGUGAAUUAGGCGCUUUCUAUCUGUAAUGUUUAUGCUUAGAAACUAGUGACUAAAAAGAUUAGCAUUAAGCGGCGCAAACGCACCAAUUUAACUGCCCACAGUACCUAACCACCUUCUCUCACCCACUAACUGGUCUCGAAGCAACAGGAAACUGCCACAAGGAAACCACCGCUCCACUCCCCCACGAAAAAACUGCCACAACAACCAGAGAAACCGGAAGAAGGAUAGCAACACAUCUAACUUGCAGCGCAUGUGAUUGAUGGAAGGACGAAUAUAUUGGAUCGGCUAGAGCCUGUAGGGUUAAUACGGGUGCAAACUCAUCGUGUAUUGUAUGUAAAUGGAAGCUAAGUUAACUGAUUGAUAGACCGACGGAACUUAGGCGUCUUAUAUAUUUUAAUAAACGAUUUACUUUACAUGUUUA